ACAGCAACUGAAGCUGGAUGGAGGAGGAUGGCUCUCUCUGAGGCAAAAGGAAGGAGGGGCCCAAAGGCGCCUCCGCGCUCGGCCAUUUCCGGCAACGUUCGGCCUCUCUCCUGAAGCUGGCCGAGGGAGGAGUGGGAGGAGCCAGGACUCAGGAGGGCCCUGUGACGUGGCCCACUGCGCGCGCAGGUGGCCCUUUCAAAUCUCGUUGGAAGCAGUCAGCCGAGGAUCCAGGAGGAGUCAGCCGUUGGAGGAGCGAGGAAGAGGAUGGGGCGCACGACCGUCUCCCGCAGCGCCCUGAAGCGCCUGGUGAAGAGGCACAAGCCCCAGCUCCGCCUCAGCGCCAACACAGACCUCCUGGUACAUUUGAAUUUCUUACUGUUUUUGCAACGGUUAGCUGAAGAAACCAGGACCACAGCUAUUGCAGAAAAGAGCAAAACAAUUAAAUAUGAACAUGUUCUUUCUUCAGCAAAGAUAAUUUUAAAGAAGAGCCGAGGCUAGAGCCAAGAAGUAUUCUGUCAUCCUCUGGCUGAUUUGAUGUAGUGUAUCAAAUUGUCAAAUAACUAUGCAUGCUAAUGCUUCAAUGUCUGAAUAUUACACUUUCAUGUUCUCCUGUCAGGUUAUGUUCAAGAAAGUUGUUGUGGUCUAACAAUCCACUUGCAUAGUAUUUGAUAAAUUUAAUAGGACUAAUGUAUGCAAUUAACACCAGUGAUUGAAAUAAUAAGUUUUAACUUUAACUCUAAACCAACUCUUUUUAUACCAUUUAUAUAAGAUGCCUUCUGUGAGAAUUGUGAAUGUUAAUGUUAUUGCAAGUAACUAGUACAUGGUACAGAAUUCCUUCUAUAAAAACAGAAUAUCUCCUGCAGAAUAUUUAUCAACAAAGAACUGAAAAAUCUACAUACUUCUAAUUGUUUACAAAUACCUUUUGAAAUUUUAAAGUAAUAUUAAAGAAUGAUAAAAAUGCAGUUAAGCAGAUGCUUGCUUUAGGGAAGUUAUCAUAGGAAAUAGGGUGUUUAUGGCAGGAGUUGUAAACAGAAUAUGAAAACAAUUGUUAAGCUGUUUCAGACCUUCUACCUUUUCAUUUCUCAUGCUCUUUGCUGUGUAGUAGCUGAAAAAGAAAACGUCAGAGGUGGUAAGCAAUUUUGCCAGGUCCACUUGGAAUAGACGUGUCUAGGAAAAAGUAGACCCUGGCACAUUUCAUUCCUUCCUUUAAUAAAACCCUACUGGUUUUGAAGAUACAUAGCUAUAAGGAGUGGAAAACUCUGAAACACCAUCUUCACAUGCACAUCCUCCUAUUCUCAUAUUUGGAAGAGGUGGCAAAUUUGUCAGCAUCAUUCUCCUUUUAUACAAGAAAGAAAGAAAAAAAAUGGAAGCCUGAGCCCACAUCUUUCCUUUUCAAAACAAUUUUAAAAAAUACCAGCCACAGGCUUCUGUUUUCAGCCUUAUCAUUCUCAUUUUGAAUGCUAUUCUAAACCAGUAAGUACAAAUCUCUCAGAAGGAUAGAAAAAUGAUAAACACUUUAAAAUCUGUAAUCUUUUUACAGAAACUGUUCUAAACUUUUACAUUUAUUUUUGUAUGCUUCCUUAUAAAUAUGACUAAAUACAUGACAUUUUCUUUAAUGUAAUGAGUACUAUAUUAAAACAUGCUUUACAUCACAGUACCUCAGUCACACCGAAUACUUUUAAAUAAAUAUUUUGUGAAUAAA